CGUUAUGAUGGUAUUUGGUGCGUAGUCAUUGUAUCGUGAUAGAUAACAAAAGGAGAACGAGUAGAAAUACACGACAGAGGAGAACACUUUCCCUCGGUCGAAAAGUCAUGGAUGGCGGUUCUCACGAAAGAAGAAAAGAGAAAAGACUGAGAGAAUGGGAGAGAGUGAGGGAAUAAUUCCAUCGGGAACGAAGUAUGUCGAGGUCUUUUCACGGUCAGUCAUCGUGAACAAGGUUUAUCGCGUAUAAUCGUGAUUGUACGUUUCGAUGAUUUCCUUCCUCCGCUUGAAUUUUCUCAUUUGGCCCCUCCCCCCUCUUUUUCGAUCCUUCUCAACCCCCUCCAUCACCAUGUCAUCCUUUCCCUCCUUGUUUUCGCUACCUUAUUUCCGCUCCCCUCCUUCACGUCCCCCUCCAACCCCUCGGUGAAGCUCGAUAGACGAUGAACAAUCCGCCGGUAGUCUCACGAACGGGAUAACUUUGUUAAAAUAGUUAAACGUGCGUUUCCGAUCGCGGAUGUUGAGUGUGGUAACGAUAAAAAAUCGUGGAAUGUCUGUAAAAAGGAUCGGUUGAAUGUUUUCUCUGGAUCAGGAUGUCGUCCACCGUUUUGAGUAAGUUUUCUGUCUUUAAAUACGUGAUUCAAGUACGGUAACGCGGGAACGGGCGCCCGCUGUCAUUCAACUUUGUGAGCGAUACUUAUUCCUUAUCGAACGUUUAACGAUGUUCCGAUUAUCGAUAGAAGAACGUUAGAAAGCAAAAGAUCGAACUUCAUUCGAGAAUUGCGCGAUAUGUAUUCGCAUGGUAAAAUCAUGAAUAUCGAUUCGUAUUUUAUCGCGUUACGUUAACGCGCGAAAACUUUUAAACCACUUUACUUAAAAUUUAAACUUUUAUUCUCGACUUUUCAAACGCUGACAAAUUCGGAAUCAUUUUCACGUAUCCCAGUUACACAUUGUUUGAUGAUGACGCUACGCGAUACUUGCGUUAGAUUAGAAAUUAUACCAGGGAUCAUUAAUUCUUAUUUGUUAGUGAUCAAAGUCUGUUUCUGUUGAGCAAUUCAUACGAUAUGAGUCAAAGGGGCGCGUAAAAGAACGCGCGAUGUCACAAUAUGCAAGGAAAUGUUUUACGAUACUGUACGAUGUGAAAUGUUAAAUUAAAUCGAUACGUGCAUGACACUAUUAUGUUUUGUACUCGUCGAUGAAGAUAAAGGUAUCGUUGGCUAUAAAAUUGGAAAAAGGACGGUGUAAUAUUUCAUGAGAUAAGAAGAAAGUAACGACGAUGAUCAGCGAUCUUGGAUGAUCAGCUCUUCUCUCGGUUGUGUUAUCGUAGGAGAGUGUAACACGAGCUUGGUGAUGAAUCAGUGAAUGGAAGGAAGGCACACUUUCUCGUCGAGCAACUUUCACCAUCGAUGAAAUCCGUGUGCGUAGACCGAUGAUUCCAAAAACGUUCGCUUGAUCGUUCGCUUUCUUUUGUCCUGCUCUUGAGAAAAAGUUUCAAGGAAGCGGCGCGCAUCGUUUACAAGCAAUAACCUUGAAUCACUUUUCUCGAGUUUCAGCGAUUUUUUAAAUCUAGUCCCGAGUAAGAGCUCUGACAGCAGUGUAAUAAUAUUUUAAAACACAACAUUCGAAUGCAACAGAUUCGCGAAACUAAACAAGUUUCACCAAUGGCUUCGUUACGCUUCCGAUUCGAUUUCACGGUGAAUCGAGUUACCUUCUUCUUCUACGCUGCCAACACGCUUUUCCUAUCGAUUUUACUUUUAGACUCGCGAUUGAAACUCGAGAAAUCGUGUUAAUAGGUUAUCGACGUAAUCGAGCAAUAUGUUAUUCGACAAGCUUAUGUUGUAUACCAGAUAGCGUGAUUAAAAUGUUUUCAAAUACAAUGACGUUAACGUGGUCAUCGAAUACUAUGUUUGAAAAAAGCAGCGUAUAACGCUAGCGGUAAAUAUUCGGUUUUACGAUAAUUACACCGCUUAAAUUUUAGAUCUUAAUUCAUUGGAACUCGGUACAGUACGGUACCGCAGAUACGAUACGCGUUGAUAGAUGAAUUGUGCACAGUAUGGAGUUUGCUAACGAGUUCCUGGUCAUACACCGAACAAAUCGCCCACUAUCGUUAUCAUACCGAUACGGAUCAUCUGAAAAGUUUGUGAUACCAAUGCGAGGAUGGAGUGAAACGGAUGGAUGGGAUAGCAGUUAUUCGCAAAGGUCACCUCCUACAAUUUUUCGGAGGAACACACACAUUAGACCUUAUGUAAGGUUAGCGAAAGUCGAACAGGAACGAGAACAACCGGAUCCAUUGGUUACGAUCACUGAAACUUUGGGUGCAUUAAACACUGUCGGCAGUUACAUCGUCAAUAUGACCAGAGGUAUGGAGAAUUCGAGUUACCCGCCAAAGGAAUUACCAUCGGCUAUAUACACUAUCUCGAAGAAUAUUUUAGGACGCAACGUAACAGAUAGCAUUGCACCGUUAGUUCGAGGAGUAGCUUUGCCUUUGCGACCUAUACCGACCGGCAGUUCCUCCUCCUCCUCUUCCUCUCCUUCCUCCUCCUUCUCUCCUUCUUCCGCGAUUGAGAUCAACCAAGAGAGUAAGGAAAAGGAAUCUGUGAUAUCAUCGGUCGGCUGCACCACGGCGGACGGUUACCCCGGAAAGUGUCAAGAUUUGAGUAAUUGUCCUCAACUGUUGCUAGAUUUGACCAAACUCAGACAAUCAUUAUGCUUCAAAAGUUUAUUCGUUCCGGGAGUCUGUUGUCAAUCGGCGGAUAAAAUUGACAGCAAUGGGACGAGUCCUAUAGUCGGUACGAUCUCAACCUCAGGGAUCGAAUCAGCUGUACAUCCACCAUUGCGACCACCAAUCCGUCCGACGAAACCACAUCAAACUCCUCGACCGAUACCGCUGUUUCCCGUUGCCUCUGCUACCGCGGUUACGACUGCGCCGACGAAUCUUCCCGGGUUGUUAACUACAGAAUUCGUCCCAGUAUCCUCCCCCAUUGUCGACUCAUCAGUGAACCAUUCAAACAAUUUCUUUGGUUCUUCUACCACUGGCGGCACUAUCGAUACUAAUUUCAUACAGGACGACGAAGAAUGCGGAGUAAGGAAUUCGGGUAAGUAUCGAGUAGUCGGUGGAGAGGAAGCUCUUCCUGGACGUUGGCCUUGGAUGGCGGCCAUAUUCUUGCAUGGCUCGAAACGCACGGAAUUUUGGUGUGGUGGAUCUCUUAUCGGACCGCGGUAUAUUCUUACCGCGGCCCAUUGUACGCGCGAUCACCGUCAACGGCCAUUUUCCGCGAGACAAUUCACUGUGCGUCUCGGAGAUAUUGACCUUGAAAGAAACGACGAACCAUCCGCCCCGGAAACCUACACGGUCAAGCAAAUUCACGCACAUCCAAAAUUUUCUCGUGUUGGAUUUUAUAAUGACAUUGCGGUUCUCGAACUGACCAGGAUCGUUCGAAAAUCUCCUUAUGUUAUACCGAUCUGUCUGCCGCAAGCACAUUAUCGAAAAGAGCGAUUUGCUGGCGCAAGGCCUACUGUAGUCGGAUGGGGUACAACUUACUACGGUGGGAAAGAAAGCACGGUACAAAGACAAGCGGUGCUGCCAGUAUGGAGGAACGAAGACUGCAACGCAGCUUACUUUCAACCAAUUACCAGUAAUUUUCUAUGCGCUGGUUACAGUCAAGGUGGCAAAGACGCUUGUCAAGGCGAUUCCGGUGGUCCGCUUAUGCUUAGAGCUGACGGCAGAUGGAUUCAAAUCGGUAUCGUUUCAUUCGGCAACAAAUGUGGAGAACCCGGAUACCCGGGAGUAUAUACGCGUGUCACCGAAUAUAUAGACUGGAUUAAAAGUAAUUUAAAUUAAGAGCGAGAAAUUUCCGAUCCUUGCUAAAAUGGAUUUGUUAUUUCAAAUCCUAAAUGCGCGGUAUGACAUUUUUUACGGUAAUACGAUGUUGUUUGUAUACCUCUGAUUGUGAGUGCCAAGAAUCCUUAUUUAUACGUAUGUCUAUAUUAUUAUAUAUGCACCAACGUGAACAGGUAUAGCAGAAAUAUGCAUACCCUCGUGCAUUUGUGUUAUAAUUUUCACUUAUAUUAUAAUUGUUGUAUAUACGUGCGCACACUUACGCAUAGUUUAAUAAAUUAUAUGUAUAAAUUAAA